UCCGUUUGGCCAUUGUUUAUGCGUGAGAUUUACGUCCGGAACAUGAUGAAUGGCCUCGGAAUGAACAACCCGGAGAAGGACGUAGAUGCACGGUGCUGUUUUCCUGUUCGUCUGUCAGUCGGGGUGUGACGGCCGAUCCGGCUAGUUUAUGACAGAAGAGAUCGCAGGAACAAAUAUACCAAGGAAGAUCUCGCCAGGACGACAUCUUUCCGCCAGUGUGAAUAGUCCUUUUGUGAACUUAUCAAGGCAUAACUUCCCGCUACCACUCUCGCUGAAUAAUCGAGGUCGCAAGGUCAGGCCCAGAAACCGACGGAAUUCCAAGGAGCAAAGACCUUUAAAAGACCCUACGAGGAUGUGGAAGAGGAUUUUGCUGUCUGGUGCUCCUCCUCGCCUCCCUUCUUCGCCAGAACGCCGCCCAAACACACUCUUCAGAAACAGCCAGUAUCCGGAGGUUCGCGCUGCCGAUCCAACCCCAGCAGGGAAAGGCGUGUACUAAGCUGGAAAACCCAGGCUCAUGGCUCUCUGGCGACAACUGCUGCAGGUGCAAGGCCAAUGAAGUGACCUGCCGCCCGAAGCGUCCGAAAUGCCGCGAUCCGCCCGCAGAUACCACAGGCUGCCGAAAGAAGGAGGUCUGCGGCUGUACUGAAUGGAAGUGCAAAUCCAACAAGGGAAAGAAAGGCGGUCGUGGCCAGAAGGCUCGACGAAACGGAGGGCGACCGAGGAAACAGAACAAAGGAAAUGGUGGACCACGUAGAGGACCACGUCGCGGAGAAGGUGGCCGAAGAAGAGGACAAGGAAACGGGAACCAAAGGCCGCGGAGGAGAAACAGAAAUGGCAAAAACCUCAGACCAGACAACAGAAACAAGCCAGAUAGACAACAGAGGAAAUUCGAGACUGAAGGAUCCGACAGCAAUAGCACCUCUCCUGCAGAAGAUGUACCCAGACUACUUCUAUGGCAACAUGUACGGACUAGAAUGUAGCUGCCAUACGACUUGGGUCCAGAAUAGUUUUUAUCCCGACGCGUGGUACGACAACUUUGAUCAGUAUUAUUACUCUUAUGGCGAAGAUUAUCCUGACGAUGGAUUUGGCCUUUAUUACGAUUACUAUUCCGGAAACGGACACGAAACGGAAGUGAACAAUGGGUCAAGCAAAGAAUUUGACGCGUUCGAGACCUACGGUGACGAGGAAAACCAGAAGAGUGGGAACGGAAAGGGAAAAGACAAGGAAAGGGGGAACGGAAAACGCAAGAAAGACAAUAGAGAGAAGAGAAAACGGGAUAGGAAAAGGAAGCGCAACGAAGAGAGGAACAGGAAGGAGAAAAGGAAGGUCGUUCAGAACGGAAACAGCAUAAGGAAGGAAAAUGGUGGCGAAAAGGGAGAUGGGAAACGAGGUCAGUUCAAGAAAAAGUUCAAUAAUGAUGGAGAAUAACUACAUGCUCCUUCAACAGGAUGAUGAACGGAGCCUUGGGGGGGGGGGGGGGUAUUUAGAUAUUUUGGAAUGAGUAGUUUGCAUGAU